AUGCAUACCACUCUUAGAGCCGACGUCUACGUUGCUCCGGGAAUUCCAUUCCCUGCUCCGGAGGACUUGCCUUCAUUCAUAACCCCAGUAUGGUCCCCGAUGGCCAUCACUCUCAUAUCUGGAGAGAAUGAGGCUGUUCUGGUGGAUGCGCUCCUGUCAACAGCCCAAGCUGACGAUCUUGCCGAUUGGAUCACGUCAGUCAUACCAACCAAACGCUUGACAGCAAUUUACAUAACUCACGGCCACGGUGAUCAUUUCUUUGGCCUGAAAAGAUUGCUCGAGCGCUUCCCGAAUACAAGAGCGGUCACAACCUCGAAAGUUAUAGAGCACAUGAAGAGCGAGCUGGAACCCCGUUUUUAUCAAGCGGUUUGGGCGAGCCGGUUUGCGAAUCAUAUUGAAACUGAGGGCAUCCUCUCUAGAAUUAAGCCUCUGGGAGAAGACAAUAUCCUUCUCCUUGAAGGUCAUAAGCUGCUUGCCGUCGAUGCAGGACAAUCUGAUACCUGGAAUACGACGUACCUGCACGUCCCGUCUCUGGAUAUGGUCGUUGCAGGCGACUGUGUAUACAACGACACUCAUCAGUUCCUUGGCGAGACAAAUACUCAACGCGGUCGAGAUUCAUGGGUGUCAAUAGUCAAGGAUAUUGCAGCCCUCAAACCACAUACCGUCAUCGCUGGGCAUAAACGACCAGGCGCCGUUGAUGGGACCAACAAUCUCGCAGCAACUAUAAAAUAUAUUGAGGACUUUGGAAAGUUGGUCGGCAAGACAACAUCUCCAGAACAACUGUUUGACGAGAUGAUGAAGCUGUACCCAAAUUGGGUCAAUCCAUACGCACUCUGGUUGUCUUGCUCCUCAGCCUUCAAAAAAUGA